UUAUAGAAUCAUAUCUAUUCCAAACUUCCAAAUUUACAUGUGAGAAAAUUCAGACCUUGAGUUUAAGAGUGAACUUCCCAAGGUCAUUUGGAUAAAAAUAUAUUAAACUCAUCACCAUAAAUGAACCUACAACAAAUACUAGAUUAUUUGGCUAUAAUUUUUACUUUUAUCCAUUAGUUUUUAAUUAGUGACAUAAAUUCUCUGCCUUUGUUUAGUUCUGUAUUUCAUCAAAUUAUUUAGUCUUUGUUGACAAAUUUCUCCUCCUCCUCUUCCUUCUCCUUUCCUCCACCUCCUCCUGUUCAUCCUCAUCUUCCUCCACCUCCUCCUCCUGAUCUUCUCAUUCUAGGAUUUGGGCACUAAAGGAGUAUGGACCUAAGAAAUUAUACUUUGCUACAGGGGUUUAUUCUGCUUGGCUUCUCUGACCAUCCCAAACUGGAGAUGGUCCUGUCAGCAGUUGUCACUCUCUUCUACUUAAUUACUUUGGCUGGUAACACAGCCAUCAUUCUCGCAUCCCUCCUGGAUCCCCAUCUCCACACACCAAUGUAUUUUUUCCUCAGGAAUUUAUCCUUCCUGGAUCUAUGUUUCACAACCAGCAUCAUCCCCCAGAUGCUGGUUAACUUGUGGGGACCUGAUAAGACCAUCAGCUAUGUGGGCUGUGUCAUUCAGCUCUAUGUUUACAUGUGGUUUGGCUCCACUGAGUGCCUUCUCCUAGCUGUUAUGUCCUAUGAUCGUUUUACAGCUAUUUGUAAGCCCUUGCAUUAUUUGGUAAUCAUGAACCCACAUUUGUGCUUCAAGAUGACUACCAUGGUCUGGAGUAUCAGUUUGGCCAAUUCAGUUGUAUUAUGUACACUCACCCUGAAUUUGCCUAGAUGUGGAAACAAGCUUCUGGAUCAUUUCUUGUGUGAGUUGCCAGCUAUGGUCAAGAUAGCUUGCAUAGACACCACAGCAGUUGAAAUGUCUGUUUUUGCUUUAGGCAUUGUCAUUGUCCUUACACCCCUCAUCCUUAUUCUUAUAUCCUAUGGUUACAUUGCCAAAGCUGUGCUGAGAAUGAAGUCAAAAGCAGGCCAACGAAAAGCAGUUAAUACCUGUGGAUCUCAUCUCACUGUGGUGUCCAUCUUCUAUGGAACUAUUAUCUACAUGUACCUACAACCAGGUAACAGUGCCUCCAAAGACCAGGGCAAGUUCCUCACCCUCUUUUACACCAUCAUCACUCCAAGUCUCAAUCCUCUUAUUUACACCUUAAGGAAUAAAGACAUGAAAGAUGCACUGAAGAAGCUGAUGAGAGUUGACCACAAAUCUACAAAAUCGAAGAGGAACUAGAAGUCAUAAAAAAAGCAUGGAUAAGGCAAUGAAAUGUUUUCUAGUUGUCUUUUAUUUUUACUGAG